GCGGCACUCAGUGAACGUUUUCCCCUCAUUUUAAUCAGCAACAGAUCAAAAAAUUCUCCUCUAGUCCCUUUAUCCCUCAAUUUUCUCCAAAUCAUUUCGAUUCCAAUUCUCUCAAUUAAAAAUCAUGAAGGUCUCUUCGGAGAACCGAUCGACAAUUUUCAUAUUAAUGGGCGUCACCUCCGGAUUUAUCCUCGGAAUAAUCCUGAAGCACUUGACACCCCAGCCCUGGACCGAUCGUCAAAUCAUGUAUUUUCAGUUUCCGGGGGAGUUAUUCCUGAGAAGUAUCAAUUGUGUCAUUCUCCCGCUGAUUGUCUCGAGCAUUGUGAGUGCCACUUGUCGUGUGAGUACGUCCGGAAGUAUCGGGAUCAAGGCCUUAAUUUAUUAUCUCGUAACUACAACUCUGGGGAUUACUCUGUGUGUGCUACUUGCUGUGACGAUUCGACCUGGAGAGUUCCAUAAAAUUGAAAAUCACGGGGCCUUUAAUUAUUCGAGGCGAUUCGUGACGACAGACACUUUUCUAGAUUUGAUAAGGAAUCUAGUGACAGAUAAUUUAGUAGCGUCCUGUCUCAAUCAAUACCAAACUGUUCUCAUAAACCGUGAAAAUGGAACGGAUAGCUCAAACUCGAGUGACAUUUACACCUGGGUAAUUUCGCAUAAAGACACUCCGGGCACAAACGUCCUGGGACUCGUGGCUUUCAGUCUAUUACUGGGAGUUGCCAUCGGCGAAAUAAAAGAACAAGGAAAACCCCUGUUGGAUUUCUGCAAUGGGCUCUCCGAGGUCAGCAUGCGAGUGAUGGACUCCUUAAUCUCGAUCGUCCCGAUAGGCGUUCUAUUCCUGAUCCCAGGGAAAAUUCUGCAGAGCGAAGACAUCGGAGGGAUGAUAUCCAGAUUGGGAAUCUACGUUGGAACAGUAUUUCUGGGAUUAGCCAUUCAUGGAUUGAUGAUUCUCCCGUUUGUCUAUUUCGUCUGCACUCGUAAGUCGCCGUUCGCCGUUCUAUCGAAGAUUGGACCGGCAAUUAUCACUGCCAUUGGGACAUCGUCCAGCACUGCAACAAUUCCUGUCACCCUAAAAUGCCUGGACGAGCUCAAGGUCAACCAAAAGGUCUCGAGGUUCAUGGUUCCAAUAGGCGCAACGAUUAACAUGGAUGGAAUCGCGUUGUACGAGACAGUGGGAGCAUUAUUCAUCAUCCAAAUGAGGGGGCUGGAGUUCUCCCUGGCGGGAACCAUAGCGAUAGCGAUAACUUGCACUGUCUCUUGCAUCGGAGCUGCCGGACUCCCCAGCGGAGGAUACGUCAUGUUGAUUGUUGUCUUGCAAUCCCUAGGGAUCCCCGCGGAGGACGUGACCUUAAUUAUCACUAUUGAUAGUUUAGUUGAUAGAGUUCGGACGACAGUGAACAUAAUAGCGGACGUUUUAGGUGCAUCUCUAGUCUCUCACUUCACUGAACCCGACGAAGAAAUUAACGAGGAAUUCGAAAUUGAGCCUUUGUCCCUCGAAAACACGAAAUUGUGAGGAAUAAAAUUCAAAUUCUGCCAUAAUACCCUAUCAAACAUUGUGUGUAUUCUGAAUCCAAUAGUUAUCAAAUCCAUUAACAAGUUCCUUAAAAAAACGUGAACUGAAAAUAUAAUUCAGUAGCGAAG